UAAUCACAAACUAAAGCCCUAGCUUCCUCCAGAAAAACCCUAGAAAUUGAAGAAUAGAGGCUUCUCGACUGAGUCCACCAUGGCGAAAGAGGGGAGAGUUUCUCGGAGAUCCGAGGAUGAAGACUCCGCAUCCGAAGCUGGAUCCGAUUCCGAUUCGAGAAGCCUGCGAAGGUCGAAGAGGUCGAGUAGGAGGCGGAGGAACUCCGAUACAGACUCCGGUUCUUCGCCGAGAAGGGAGAAGAGCUCUCGUCCUGGAAGUAGCAGCAGUCGAAGGAGUAGCAGGAAGAGGAGAGAAGAAUCGUCGGGAUCGGAAUCCGAUGAGAGGAGAAGGAGUCGAAGGAAUGCGAAGAAGAGGAGAGAGGAAUCAUCGGAUUCGGAAUCAGAUGAGAGGAGGAGUCGAAGGAAGAGGAAGAUCACCGAGGAGGAGAUAAUUGAAUAUAUGGCCAAGAAAUCUCAAAAAAAGGCUUUGAAGGUGGCAAAGAAACUAAAAUCACAGGCGGUUUCCGGUUAUUCGAAUGAUUCUAACCCCUUUGGUGAUUCUAACCUCGGAGAAACAUUUGUAUGGCGUAAGAAGAUAGAGCGUGAUGUUGUGCAGGGCCGAGAACUAGACAUAUCAGUCAAAGCAGAAAAGAAGAGACAAAAGGAGAGGAUGGCGGAGAUUGAAAAGGUGAAAAAGCGGAGGGAGGAGAGAGCAAUUGAGAAAGCACAGCAUGAGGAAGAAAUGGCAUUGCUGGCCCGGGAAAGAGCUAGGGCUGAAUUCCAAGAUUGGGAAAAGAGAGAAGAAGAGUUCCAUUUUGAUCAAAGCAAAGUCAGGUCCCAGAUUAGACUUCGCGAGGGGCGCAUGAAACCUAUUGACAUACUCUCAAAGAACCUUAAUGUCUCGGAUGAUUUUGAUAUUGAGAUAAAUGAACCUUAUACUGUUUUUAAGGGUCUCACGGUGAAGGAAAUGGAAGAGCUCCAUGAUGACAUCAAAAUGCAUCUUGACUUGGACAGAGCGACACCAACGCAUAUCGAAUUCUGGGAGGCUAUGAUGGUAGUUUGUAACUGGGAGCUUGGUGAAGCUAGGAAAAGGGAUGCAAUAGACCGAGCUCGGGUACGUGGUGAAGAACCUCCGGCAGAUAUUCUUGCGGAAGAAAGGGGUUUACACUCGACCAUAGAAGCGGAUGUGAAGAACCUUCUGAAUGGGAAAACAUCCACUGAGUUGGAAACCUUGCGAAGACAGAUUGAAUCACAGAUGCGUUCAGGAACUGCCAAGGUUGUUGAAUACUGGGAAGCUAUUUUGAAACGGCUUCAAAUAUACAAAGCGAAGGCUCGUCUGAAGGAAAUUCAUGCUGAUCUGUUGAGAAAGCACCUGCAACAUCUGGAGAAGCCAGUAGAUACUGAGCAGGACUUGGAAUCAGACAAGGAAAUAAAGACUGCAGAAGAAGAUGUAACACAUGAAGUGGAUGGUAUCCGUUUUGCUGUUCACGUGCUCUCUUAUGUAAUAGAUUUCAUUUAUAGUAUCUUCACCUAUAGUUCCAUUUUCUGUGUAGAUGGUCAACAAUUUUCACCUGAGCUCAUUACAGAAGAACCAAUGCCUGAGCCAGAGGAAGAACCAGGCUCUUUUUCCCCUCAGCUCUUGCAUGCUGAUCAAGAUGAAGAAGCAAUCGAUCCUGAAGUGGAUCAGGCCGAGCUGGAUAAAAAGCGUGAGGCUGUUAUGUUAGAACAUCAACGAAGGGUUCAAGAAGCAAUGGCAGCCAAAUCCAAUGUGCCUGAUGAGUUGGAAGUGAAAGCAAUGAAAGCAAUGGGGGCUUUGGAGGAAGGUGAUGCAGUGCUUGGUUCUGGUGCUGAAGUAAAUCUAGAUUCACAGGUGUACUGGUGGCAUGACAAAUACCGUCCGAGAAAGCCAAAGUACUUCAAUCGUGUUCACACUGGAUACGAGUGGAAUAAAUACAAUCAAACUCAUUAUGAUCAUGACAACCCGCCACCUAAGAUUGUUCAGGGCUACAAGUUCAAUAUAUUUUACCCUGAUCUCGUCGAUAAAUCAAAAGCUCCAAUAUACACUAUAGAGAAGGAUGGAAAUGGAGAAACAUGCAUCAUAAGGUUUCAUGCCGGGCCUCCUUAUGAGGAUAUUGCUUUUAGAAUUGUAAACAAGGAGUGGGAAUACUCGCACAAGAAGGGUUUCAAGUGCACCUUUGAGCGAGGAAUUCUGCAUGUUUACUUCAAUUUCAAGAGAUACCGAUACCGGAGGUAAUCUACACUAGUGAACUGGAGAUAGAAGAAGCCCAUGAGUUGAAAUUUUCAGAGGGGAUUGUUACGGAAUUAGUGUUCUAAAAAAUGCUUCUGUUUUCAUAAUGUGGGAAUCACUGCUUUGGCGCCAAGAGCCUGGGUUCAAUCUUGUACAACACCGAUAUAUUGGGGGCAUACACUGGCAUCAAUACUUUUGUCCAUACGAUUGUAAUAUACGAACGGAACAUUAAUGUGGACAAUGCGAUAAAAUGAAAUCGAUUCAUGACUUUGACGAAACAUUUUGCUUCUUUC